CAGGCUUAGGAGGCCUGAGGGUUGCGGGAGGGUGGACAUUAGGACGGGCCGCUCUGGCGCGACCAUGGACCGUAGGAAGAAGCCUUUGGACGUUACGGCCUCCUCGUUGGUAGAUCUUAAGGCCGAACUCUUCCGAAAACAAGAAGAAUUCAAACAAGAAAAACUUCUAAAAGAUUCUGGAGUUUUGGGAAAACCAAAGACAAGUAAUAAGAAGCCGAGUAUUUGGAGCAAACAGAACGCAGGAGUUUCAAACCGAGAUGAGAAGGACGCUGAGCAGAAGGUCGAGGAACAGAGAACCUUAGAUAAAGCCAGGGAAAAAUUGGAAGAAAAAGCCAAAUUAUAUGAAAAAAUGACUAAAGGAGACUUUAUAGAUGAGGAAGUGGAGGAUACACACCUCGUGGAUUUCACACAGAAGAUCGUAGACAAACGUAGAGCAAUGGAAGCGACUGGUGCCAAAAGAGAGUUCCAGAAGGGAGGGGAAAGGGACGAUGAAGAUCUUCCUGAAAGAGACACGCCUCCUCCCCAAGACCCCAGCGAGGAAUGGGUGGAUUAUGUGGACUCUUUAGGGCGAUCCCGGCGCUGCAUGAGGAAGGAUUUGCCAGAUCUUCUAGAGAUGGAUAAAAAUCUUCAGGGGAGACUCUUUGUUAGUCCGGCUAAUGAAAAAACCUUACUAUCUGAGGACAUGAGGAAAGAGCUUCAGCGGCAGCAAUGGGAAGAAGAGGAGAGGGAGGCUCUGAAAAGGCCCAUGGGGCCCAUCCAUUACGAAGACAUCCGGGAGAAUGAGGCCCGGCAACUUGGUGUUGGUUAUUUUGCUUUUGCCCGAGACAAAGAGUUGAGAAACAAGCAAAUGAAAACUUUAGAAAUGCUGCGUGAACAGACAACAGAUCAGAGAACAAAACGAGAAAACAUUAAGGAAAAGCGAAAGGCUAUGUUAGAAGCAAGACUUGCCAAGCUUCGACAAAAAAAGAUGAAAAAAUCAAAAGAUGGAACAGAAGAAGAAAGUGGAGUAGAUGGAGACGUUGUUGGGCCUUUGCCACCAGCACCAAAGGCUGUGCCAGCUCCACCUCCUGUUGCCCAGAGCAGCAAAGUAGAAGUUAUAAUCCAGGAAAGGAAGGAUACCAAGCCUGGAGUGCCGCAUGUGCGGGAGUGGGACAGAGGAAAAGAAUUUUCCUUUGGAUACUGGUCAAAGAGGCAGUCAGAUCUCCGGGCCGAACGAGAUCCUGAGUUUGCCCCACCAUCAGAUUACUUUGUGGGUCAAAAGAGAACUGGUUCUGUCAGUAGCCACACAUGGAACAGACCUGGACCAGCACCAAGUGACUCAGGACAGCACUUUGGCCAGAGCCAGGAGCCCAGCUCUGUCCAUACGACAUCCUCUCCUGCCCCUGAAGGCCCACCACAAGCCCCCACAGUGACUUUCAAAACUCUGGAUGAUAUGAUAUCAUACUAUAAACAAGUGACAUGACCCUGAACAGCAUUCUGACUUGGGUUUGUACUGUCAGUGAUGCCCUCCUCUCUCAGGGGGGAGGGGGGAGUUAUUUUAGGGACUAAGAUGUGCCUCCAUCCUCCUGUCCUUCCUCUAGAAGGCACAGGCUUCAGGUUGGAUUUGUCAGCAGGGAGUAAAGUGAAUGGUGGGAUAGGCAUUCUUUGGUGACUUGGCUGUUUAUUUCUUACUAAUUGGUAUAGAGGAUACCUACCUACUCUACUCCUUAUAGGCUUAUAGGUGCACUUGUAACCCAUUUGGAUUUAUAGCUGUGUGAGUUGUAAAAGAGUAGAAAUAUUUAUUCUACUGAAGAAAAGGAACUUGUAAUCCUGUCUGUUUCAUAGCUACUCCCAUGACUUAGAUUUAAGGUUUCUGUUCCAGUCCUUUUGCAAAUACUAGCCUGUAGGUGUCUUUACUUCUAGGACUCAGCUUCCAGGUCUGUUGAUGGAGUGCAGAUCAGGAUGGUUUCAUGGAGGCAGAUUGAUCCAGUUGUCCAGCAGAUCCUGACACUGGUGCAAUAUUACACGAGCACAUUUGCAGCGAUAAGGCUAGGGAUGAGCACCUUUGUAAUCCAGAGGCUAGAAGUUGAAGUUAUCUGCUUACUUUUAUUGUUGUGCUAUUCUCCUGUCCACAUCCUUGUGCAUAAUGGCCAUCUGAUAAAUGUGUGUGGAUGACUUGGGCAUUCCCAGAGGCUGCUGGGCCUCAUCAGAGACCAAUGCUCCUUAGUUAAUAACGUGCUUUUUAGCUUGUCCUACUCUCUCACCCCAGUUCUCCCUGAUGGUCCCCUGCUCUAGGCCUCAUAUAGAAUGGAGCAGAUUGGUCCCUAUGUCCUUAACUGACACAGAGUGUCAGUUGGGCAGGGCUCCAAAGAAUGACCAGAGGAUCCAUUGAACAGCUGUAGACAAGCAUUUGGGAGCUUGUCACUAGACCUAUGGGAUUUCCACAACCAACCUCCAGGCAGGUGGGUCCUAUAAGAACUCAACUCAAGUCCUCAAAGUGCCCUAAAGGAGUGGGAAGAAGAGGAGUGAGGGAAGGAGCCUGACCUCUGAUGGGCCUCUGUGAUAGCCUGGUCUCUGCUUCCACAGCACUGUAGAUGAAUUCCCUAUUCUUCACACUCUGGAGCGUUAAGAGGAGUCAAUAACUAAUCGAGGUCAUGUGGCAUCCAAGUGGCAGAGCUGGGACUUAAAACACAACUUAGGUCUAGCUUCUACACUCAUGCUUCUUCUACCACCCUCUGCUCCUAGUCUUACUGCCCCAGUAUCAAGCAGAUUUAGACAAAAAUGCACUUCUUAGAAACUUACUUACCAGCAGAGUUGCCAGUCCUAUUGUCAUUCUGUCAGCCUAACCUGGCAUAUACCUUUUUAAAUAAAUAUACAUUGAAACUCACUAAAACAGCUGCCUUCUUUGCAGAAAUUGACAAGCUGAUCCUAAAAUUCAUAUGGAAAUGCUAGAGAUCCAGAAUAGCCAGAAUUUGGAAGACUCACUUCCUGGUUUCAUGACACAGUUACAGUAAUACAAAUUGUUUACUGGCAUAAGAGUAGAUGCACAGAUAAGCAGUCUAGAAAUAAAUCUAUGCGUCUGGUCAGUCAACAAGGGUGCCAACACCAUCCAGUGGGGAAAGAAUAGUCUUCAACAAAUGGAGCUGGGACAACUGGAUAUCCCAUGCAGAAGAAUGAGUGGACUUCUACCCUCAUACCG